CUGGAUGCGGCACGGGAACGAGAAGAGGACACCGGAUGUUGCCUUAGCGACUGCUUACGAAUAUCAUCUCAAAUUUGUAAUGAUGGUAUAAAAGAACAACUUGAGUACGAACAUACAGAGGAAGCGAGAAGAGCUCGCGCGCGCGGCUUCGCUUUUCAAAGAUGGAUGAAUUCAUUCUGUACCGGCGGUAGAAUGUGA